AUGACCGCUAGAGAAGGCAGACCAGCCCGAUUCCUCAUCGUCGGGCGUGCGCUGUGCGGUCUCGGCGGUAUUGGUAUGUAUCUCGGGGUGAUGGUCCUCAUUGCUGCUACAACGACGACUCAGGACCGGCCUGCCUGGGCUUUCUACAUCAAUGUACCCAUCAGUAGCCUGGCCGCGCCAGUGUAUCUCUUCAUGCUGCCGUCUCCCGACCCUCAGCCUGGCGCGACCAUUUUUCAGCGACUCGCCGAAAUCGACUGGAUCGAAUCUCCGCUGAUGCUAGGUGCCAUCGUCUGCUUCACCAUGGGCAUCUCGUUCGGCGGCGUCUUGUAUGAAUGGGACUCUAGCUCCAAGAUAGCGCCUUUCGUCGUCGCAGGCGUCCUCUUCAUUGUCUUCCGCAUCCAGCAAGCGUACUGUAUUGGUACAAUCAAGGAGCGGCGCAUCUUUCCAGUCGAGCUCAUCAUCUCCCGCGAGUGCUACCGAACCAUCAUCCUCAUGUUCUGCGUCACAGCCGCCGGAGGUUGCGCCAUCUUCGUGCCGGUGUACUUCGUUCCCAUCUUCUUCCAGUUCACGAGAGGUGACAGCGCCAUCGACGCGGCUGGCGGCAUGCUGUCCCAUCUGUCCGGAAAGUUCGGGCUGUACAUGCCAUGGUUCACCGUCGGCGGCAUCAAUAGUGUCGUUGCUUCCACGUUGAUGUACGUCGUCAAAACUGAUACAAGCACAGCAUGGAUCUAUGGUUGCUCGGCCAUGCUCGGUGCCGGCGUCGGUACCUUCACGCAAGCGGGCUUCACGAUUGCCCAGGCCAGCGUGCCGGCGCCCAAGGCUGCUGUUGCGUCCUCUCUGAUUGCCUUGGCGCAGACGAGCGGUAUCAAUAUCGCGCUGGCGAUUAGUAACGCCGUACUUCCUAACAGAGCUGAGAAGCGGUUGACUGCGGUUCUCCCGGAUACUGUCACGGAGGACCAGAUUCAUGCUGCGAUUGCUGAUGUCGGGACGGACUUUGUCACGACGCUGCUUCCGCGGAUGUAG